AUGACGGUACAAAGAAGCCCAAGUCCCAAAUUCAAUCCACAAUUUGGCGGAAUGGAUUUGUCACAUGCUCACGGAUUAUUGAUGCUUGAGAAAUGGUCCGAGAUCAUGGCAAUGGUCUGUGGUGCAUACGAACCGGGUGAUGGUAAGCAUGAAAUGGUUGCAAAAGCAAUGGAGGGCUCAGAAGAGAUAGCCACACCUUUGCUCAAGAUGAACAAGCUCCUCAAGUCCCAAAAAAAGUGGAAUGAUGAAAAGCUCAAUGAACUGAAGGGGUAUUGUUACCAUGUGUUCUUCAAAUGGUUGGAUAUCUUUCCCAAACAGGGCGUCUUUCCAAAACUUCAUGAUAUGGCUUGGCAUAUCCCACAGUUUGUUACUCAUUUCAAAAUGUAUGGAAUAUUGUCAGAAGAAUCUAUGGAGAGUCGUCAUAUAGUUCACAAGAAAUUGGCUAGAAUAUUGAGAUUCAUGCCAAACAAGAAGCAGCAAAAUGAAGUGUUCACAAACCGCCUUCAGGUUUAUCAGCUUCCAGAAUUUGAAAAGGUGAAGGCAGAACUGAUUGCAAAAACCACCAAGAAGAAGAGAGGAAAGUACAAUGUCAAGCCAAAGGACAAUGUUUUGCCCAUUUUGCUGCCUGAGCUGGUCAUGGAUGGCGCGAACAUUUGCAUCAACAAAAGUAUGUCAAUCGAACCAGGUUUGCUUGAAGUCUACAAUAUGGUUGUCUGUGGCAUUGUUCCAAGCUCCUGGGAAAAAAUAUUUAGGGGCAGAGACGAUAUCGAUGACACCCAAAAAAUAAAGGCUGGGUAUUCUUCCCAACUAGAUAGAUAA